AUGUCCGUCACCGAUACUGAUUUGCCGUCCGAUUGGCCCUGCGAGUGGAGUGAGGGCACUAUACCGUUUGUUUUUGACUUUUUCUCAGUAAAUCCAAAAAGACUGAGGAGUCUAGUGCGAAAAGGACAUGAGUUCUUGCAAAAACGGUCGUGUCUCACAUUUAUAGAACAUAAUCCAGUGUUGAUGGCCCAGCAGUUGAACACUACCUACCUUUACUACACUUACUCUGGAGUCCUGGAGAGCUGUUGCUUGCAUUACUACUUCAAACCUGUUGGACGAAGAAUGAUCCUUAUAACACCCACCUGCACUCUGCCCCCUGAAGUCGCCCACGUAACCCUGCACGGCAUGGGCCUGGACCACAGAAAAAGGGAACCCUUCCAAGAAUCACGUGUCAGGGCAGCUCUAUUCCCGACGUAUUGCAGUAAUAUAGAAGGGAAAGUAGAGAAUUUCGGUAAGCUUUAA